AUUUUAGCUAUAGAAGAAGCCCCCCCCUCAGGCGGCCCUAAUUAUCCUCCCCCCUAAUUAUCUAUUUUCUGCUACCCGCCACUCCAACUGCGUAACCCACUAUAACGAAGCGCGCAGAUCAGCGAAGUGGCAGCGAAGCUAGUUGCGAUACUUUGGCCGUCGUGAAGAGACGCGUCAAACGCUCAAGUGCACGCGUCAAGCCUUGCAGACUUGCACCCGCCCGUCCGCUUCCAGUUUGCAGACUUCCGCGCACCUUUCCAGCAGCAGUCACGUGGUCGACAAAACCGCCAGACUUGCACAUCGCCAUUGCCAACUUCACUUGCACUACUCCGGCAACGAGUCUCCCAGAAAGGAAAGGAAAGGAGAACGACUGGAGCCAGACGACCUUCUUUCCUUCCCGCAAUGAACGGCAACGUCAGUGGAUUCCGAGAAGUCGGCACCAGCUUCCGCUCGCCGCCGACGUUCCCCCAUGCGCCGCGGCAGGGGCAGCCGCCCUUCGAGCCGAAGCAAACGCCGGUGCCGGUGCCGGUGCCUGGUUUUCGGCACACGGCUCCUCCGCUUGUCACGUCAGACGUGCCUCAAGCGACCACGCGGACACCUCCUCCUCCUCUUCCUACCAACGGCCAGGACCAGGACCAGGAUACGAAGCUCUUCACGGACGAUUAUGCGAAGCUCUGCGCCGCCAUCAAGGACUGCGACACGGAGGCCCUCCAGCGCGCCGUCCGUGACAACUAUGAGAAAUGCCUCGUGGGGUCCGAGUACCAUUCAGCUUUCCUUAUGAACGUCGCCAUGCAUGGCGCUGACACCAAGAUCAUCCAGAGAAACCUUCGAGCCUUUGGCUCGAAAAUCAUCUCGGCGGGAAAGCACGAGUUAAUCGAUUGGAUGAGUCAAGCUGAAUUGGACGAGGUCGCUGAUAAGAUCAUCGCCAAGGCCAGCAACACUUUCCUCGACAAGGCCCUCGUGGUUCGCCUGCGCACCAUCGAGGCUCGCCGACUUGUCAACACCCUUGCGCGGGCGGAGCGGCUGGGCUACAACGCUGACGACAUUGUCGAGAACGAACAUGUCAUCCCGUCUCUGCAGGGCAACCCUUCUCUGCAACAGCAGCAACAUCAUCAGCAACUGCAGCAACAACAGGUCUCCACCCAGCCUCGAAUGUCGAUGCAGUACGCCGCUCCGUCGCCUGGACAUGCUGACCCGUCCAGCAUGAGGUGCCAGAAAUGCCAGCAUGUGUUCUCGGAGCAGGCCGCUUUCGGUUAUCACAUCAGGAAACAGAUAUGCACAAAGCCGGCGGCAGCCUCUGGCUCCGGUGGAGACAGAUACGUCUGCCCUCACUGCGUACAAAAGCUCGGAAGCUUGACUAGCCUGCAGUACCACAUGCUGAACAAGGUGUGCGGCGACUUUGGUGAGGUCCGCAGGGGGCAGAUCUUGGCUACCCAAAAGCAGUCAAACAUGAUCCAGCCGACGGGCAGCCUCAACCCUCCCACCAAACGACCGGCGCCGGACAUGAACCCGACCUAUAUAUCCUCCAGCAGCAGCAGCCCGGCGCCGCAACACUUCUCGGUUGCCCCAGCCGCGACGCCGACACAGACGCAGACACCCCGCGCGGCCCCGCCGAGCACGCAGACGCCCGGCAGUUCGCAAGACAAGCCUCUCGGCAUGCCAGAUGCCAAGGACAUGACUCAUCUGACGACUCAGCAAAUCGAAUCGUUGCGAGAGGAGCUCCGGGUGGCCGAGGAGACGUUCAAGCUCAAGAUCCUCGACACCAACAGACUGGGUGGAGACUCGGCCGAGGUCCAGAAGAAGCUGACGAGCCUGAAGAACUCGUACGCCUGCAAGCAGAGCACGAUCCGCAAGAGGUACGGAAUCAGGCUGCGGAAUAGACGCGGGCGUGAGGAGAUGGAACACGAACGCGUCAGGUUAGGCAUCCACAACGGCCUUACUCCCAGGACGGACCGGGAGAAUACGGACACACCGAGCAGGGACGUCCACGCGGCCAAGCGGGCUCGCAUCAACGACAACGGCGAGGCGACCACGACGACACAGGCCUCACGGCAAGGCACGCCGAUUGAGACGGUUGGCGUGACGGAGAUGGGCAACGGCCUUUCGGGGUCCAGCGCGACGGCGGCGAUGGAGGAUCCAACGUUACGGCUGUCGCAGGCAGCCCCCCGCGCAUCGCAGGGGGAGCACAGCCGGCCGUCGUCGUCAUACCAGCAGGGUAACUACCGCAUCGAGGUCCACGUGCCGAGCCCGUCCAAGGGGCCGAACACGAACCUGGACCCGAACGCGAACCCCGCGGCGGCAUCCAACGGCACGCCGGGCGGCAAGAAGACGACGACGCCGUCGGGAACGCCGUCGGGCAAGACGAUCACGGCCGAGCAGUUGCUGCUGCAGCUGCGCGGGACCUCGGGCGCCGCGGAAGACGAAGUGGAUAGCUCGUCGGACGAGUCGAGCACCGACGAAGGGGAAUGAAGAAGCCAUCGGACGGUCGUGGGUCUUUCCUUGAUGCGGGACAGUGGCAUCCACGGUUCGGGGGAUGUUCUUAAUGGUGGCAGAUGCAUUGCACGACCGCGCAUUCUCUUCAUCCCACGCUGCUUGUGGAAUUUGGCAAUACUUGCAGAUGGCUGCUGCCAGAUACCCAUUGAGCCAUUUCAUCGUCUCUUUCCUAUUCUUGUUCUUCCGUCUUUAGCCUUCUUCACCUGGGACGGCGGGCGUCGAUGCAUCAGAGGGCGGGACAAAACAGUUGUCUUCUUCACUUUUUUCCAUGGGUUUCAUUUCUUCGCGUUCAGUUUGGGACAGGGCGAAAAAGGGUCUAUGCGGAUGUCUUCAACCUUUUACUUCAUUCCAAUUUGGCAUUUGAGACUGGGGGUACGCACGCCCUAGCGGACAAGGAUUUCUCAUCAUGGUGGCACAAUGGCGGUCUUGUUGGCGUUUAUUUUAUGGGUUUUUGGAAGGAGUUCAUAGCACGUCAAGGGGGGAAAUCGAAGUAUAGAUACCUAGGGGCUUUAUCAAACCUGAGCUUCUUUUCCU